ACCAGUCCAUCACCUAAGCCGUAAGGAGGGAACAAAAACGGCGAAGCCAUAUGGAGAGCGCAGCUGCUGGCACGACGACCAAUGUGCCGCCUGAAGAACGCUGGCUGCCGGAAGCCAGGAUUAACCACGUCAUUGUACUGCGGUGGGCGUUCAUUGACAAGGCAAUCAGCGGCAUGGGGAAGCUGGCACUCGCUUGGGCCACCACCGUUCUGCUCGGUGGAUUCUCCACGCUGUUGAAGCAGAAGGACUUCUUGUUCGUCACCAUCAUCACCUUCUUAGAAGCCACCAGACUUUUCAGCAGUGCUGUGGAUGCAGAGGAUACGUUCAUCCUCAACGCCCCGGAAGUUGUGGCAGCACAGACCGAGAAAAUCGAGGCCAUGGAGCAUGGAAGCUGGGAAAGACACCGCACCAACCCGGAGCGAGGAACCGCAGGCCUCGGGGCGGCGAUCGCAUCAUUCCUAACGUCCAGGCGCUGCUGCACCUGCCGGAUCUUCUUCGCCAAGAUCCUCUCGUCGGGCUUCACCUUGGCACAGUUCGCGGCGGGCUUCACCUCCAUCGUCCUGGCCGCACUGCGCCUGAGCCGGCAGGACUACGUCGAGCCGGCGGACCAAGGCAGCAGCGACCACAAGAGCAUCAGGGGGUCCCUCAACCUGUUCUACGGGCUUGUGCUCGCGCAGGGCCUGGCCUCCUUCCUCGCCGACACCAUGCUCGUCACCGAUGUCCAGCAGGUGUUGAAGCUCAGCAUGACAUACCAGCUCGGCUCUUCAGGGGUGCAGAUAAUCAAGCGCUACAUGCUCGACACCUACAUGAAAUGUUGCGGUGGGAGCGUGCGUGAAGCCAUGAACAUGGACAUGGUCAGCUUCGCAAUGGAGAUGGUAAGGUCCAACUCGGUGGCCGACCGACUCGUCGGCGUCCGGAUUCUCGACCGCAUCCUCAGUGUGCACAAGUACAGAGGGUUGGCGCUGAUGAGGCUACGGGCUUCCUCCGACACGGUGGCGAGUGUGGUCAGUAUGCUAGGACUGAAGAACAAGACGAGGGAGGAAGAGAACACUCGAGGGCAUGCAGCCAACGUGGUGUUGUGGCUCUCUCCGGACCUCCUGGUUGAGAGCUUCCCAGGAGCGUUGCACAUGGUGUCCUCGUUGCUUACUUUGAAGACAACCACGGCCAUGGCCCGGAGAAAUCCCCAAAGCUCCAGCAAUGUGAGCAUCGAGCUCACAUGGCUUGGUGUGAAAAUCCUCAAUAAGGUCAUGGACAAUCCAGACAACUGUAAGAAGGUGACGGAUGCCGAUGACCACGUGAUGUCAAGCAUUGUGGACCUUACAGCUGUUAGUGAUGACAUUGACAGCAGCUCAAUCUCAUGGUCUCCAGUAAUAGAAGAAAUCAUUGAGGAGGCAGUUCAGGUCUUGCACAAGCUGGUCAGAACUACCGGUGAUGCCGGGAGGGUGCUUAGGUGCAAAACCUCCGAGAACCUCCAUGUUCUCAGGAACAUCAGAAAGAUACUAGAACAUCCUAACAGCCAUACAAAGCUACUCACUGAAGCAAUUGGAGUUGUUGCCUGCUUAGCUUUGGAUGAGAUAGGAAAGGAAGAGAUUGGGAGUUCGCCCCGAAUAGUCAAGAAGCUUGUUUCAUUCCUUGUUCCUGAAACUGCAACUCCAUCUAGCAGAGUAGAGCUAGCUAAGUCUGCUGUUGAAGCAUUAGUCAUGCUUGCCGUGGACAGCACAAGCAUUGCUUGGAAGAUCCUAGAAGAACUGAAGCCUGAAAACAUACAGCAACUUGUGGAGAUGCUCUCUUCUGACUCUACAGAGCUCAGAACUAUGGUUGCAAAACUCUUGGGGAGUUUACGUGUGAACUCUAAACCAGAGCAUGCUCAUUAUAAUAGGACAAUCGACAGCCAGCUACCUCUGCUGCUGAAAACAAUCAAGUUAGAAGUGGAGAAAAUGGAGGGUCCGGUAUCUGCUGGAGAACUGCAUACCCACGAUAAUUUGGAAGAAUGGAGGACCAAGCUGGGCGCACUACUGGAGAGCAUUGUCGGUCUCAGUGUUCAGAUCUGUAAAUCCAUUCAGGCAAGCGAUUUUGCCGACGCCCUCCGCAAUGAAAACCUCGAAGUGGAUGUGUUCAUGCAGAAGCUUAAAAGGAUCCUUGAUUUGUACAAGUCACCAGACACUGAGUUCCCAGGUAUACGGCGAGUUACAGUGGAACUAAUCAUUUGGAUGGUGCAGAGCAACAGCAGCUACGUCGAGGUUUUCUUUCAGCAUCAAGUUGAAAAGGCGGUAAAAGAAGUUGCAGAAACAGAAACGAGACUUGAAAUGUUCGAGAUGUUUUGCUGUGGCAUUGGAGUCGUUAAGCACGGCUAUUCCAUUUCCUCUCUAGUUGCUUCUGCAGCUUUUGCUCGAGGUAGCACUGCUGGUAGCAUGUUACAAGGCCCAAGUGCCCGCUGAGCAUACAGUACCAAUUUCUUAGUUGCAGGCAUCCGUUGCUAUCUCCUAACAUGCAUGUAUCUCUGUUUGGGUGAUUUGAUGUUCUGAACUGAAUAUAAGUAUAUAACCGGUUGUCAACCAUACAUUCGCAUGGGCUAGAAUCAUGGAUGUGAGCCUUUUCUAGCUGGGCUGCUACUUUCAAGCUAGACUUCUCCAACUUUCUGAUGUUCCGGUUGUUAACUUGAUUAUCACAUUUAUGAUACGGUAUGAGUCGAUCAAAAGGCUAUGCAAAUGCCAUCUAUAUUAAAAAAAAUUAUUUUUCUAUUCAUGGUAUAUCGGUAUUACUACAGAUUAACAUCACGUUGUAUGUGAAGGCCCUAAACUAUUCCGUUUUAUUUGUCUAAAAAAAAGCUAUUCCGAUUUAUUUCAGUAUGCCCCUGAUUACUAUUGCUUUAUAAUGAAUUAGUA